AUGCACUUGCAUAUGCAGAAGGCGUUGGGAGGACACAUGGAGAAACAGUUGAACAUCCAUGGUGAUUACCUAUGUGGCCAACUUGUCGAAGAGUAUAGGGAACUCAGGGAAGUCACUGAAAAUUUUGAUCUUGCAAAUGAGGCAAUUUCUGAGGAGCUCUGCUCAGAAUGGGCAAAGCUAUCCACCCAACCAAUGCAGGAAUGUGAGGUGAGCGCCGCAAAGGCAGAGGUUGGAGAAGUAUCACUUCCCACUGCGACCAACUCUAUAAAGCAAGGCAGCACUGCAUUUAUUAACGGUGGAAUCACUUUGUUGCUUCGUUAUGAUGAACCGGAACUCGCUGAGAAUCCUGAGGAUCAAGAUUUGGGACUACCUUCUGACUUUGACCAGGGGGAUCAGGAACGACUUUGUCUUGACUCAUUUGCCCAGAUCGAAAAGUCCCUGCUUGAGGGGCUGGCCCAUGAUGCCUUGGCAGCUGUUCGUGAACACAUCAAGCACAAAAAGGCCUACCUCCAACUGAAGGAUGAGGUUAUCCGCAAUCAGGGAGCAAACACACGUGCACAGGGAAUUCUCAAGCAUGCACAAAAUCUUAUGCUCGCACAUGCAAAUCGGUACAAUUUCAUUCACAAACAACUUCUCCUACUUGGGCUCUCUGCCAAUGACAGCACCUUUCAGCCCCUGUCAACGAAAGACGAUCUUUGGAUGUAUAGCUUCAACACUUCAUGUACCCGUCAUUCUGAAGGUUUGGAACCAUGGUAUUGGACCAUGCGACCAGUUGGUAAUGCCACAGACAAGGAAAUGCAGGAAUGGAUGCUUGAAGAUUCUCAGUGGAUCGCGUCUGAUGGUUUCAUCAGCAAGCCUUGCGUGAUCGUCACCGUAUCAGAAGAACCAUCUAUUUUGGGUGCCAAUGUGUAUGCUGCAAAUAUUUCAGCCAUGUAUCAGGAGAUGCAUGAAAAGUGCAAACAGUCAUAUUUAUUAGCAAUUGCUACACAUAUGGAAGCUGGUGUGGAAUUAAGAGGAGGGCUGUAUCAUGGUUUGCAACUGGAGAUUCGUCAGUUUAAAGAACAUGUGGACGUGAUUGUCCUUUCCAGCUGUCAUGCGCCAAAUUUCCCUUGCGAUUCCGAAUACAUAUAUAUCGGAGAGGCUCUUUGUAUCUACAUGUCAUUACUUGUUGUCGUCAACGGAGUCCUCAAGAGGUGCGCAACACCUCGCGCACCCACUCUUCUGCUUGAAGAAGCAAGAGGCCACCCUUUCCUUUCGAGGUUUUGGCCCCACAGCCACUAG